AUGAAUCUGUGGCUUCUUACCCUCUGGGUCACUUUGGUGACAGCCUGGGUCGACAACCAAGGCACAACAUGUACUUUGUACCCCGAAUCUCUUACUCAUCAGGGGCAGGAGGUUGAUGACUCCCCGUCGAUUCAACAAGCCUUUGACAUGUGUGGCACCAACGGGACGGUCAUUUUCUCCGAGAAUGUCUUCCACGUAAACACCGUUCUCAACACAACCAAUUUGCUGAAUUGUGAUGUUCAUCUCCGGGGCGAGCUACGCUUCUCGGCCAACGUCCCAUACUGGCGAACCCAUGCCAUCAGUGUUGUUCUGCAGGAUCAAGUCACUGCCUGGCUGUUUGGUGGUCACAAUGUGAGCUUCUAUGGUGAGGGUGGCUUUUACAACGGAAAUGGCCAAGCGUGGUACAAUGCCAACCGGAAUGAAUCGAAUCAGGCCGGACGACCGAUGAGUUUCACGGUCUACAACUCGACCGACCUUCGUGUCGAUGGACUGAGGGUGAUCCAACCGCAGUUCUGGGCAACCUUUGUGUGGGCCAGCAAGAAUGUCUCCUUUACCAACUUGUUUGUGAAUGCGACCAGCGACAGCGAAUGGGGCACCAUGAACACCGAUGGGUUCGAUUCGUGGCAGAGCGACAACUUGCUGGUGGAAAAUGCCACCAUUAUCAUGGGCGACGACUGUAUCGCCGCCAAGGGAAACACGACGAACCUCCUCGCCAAGAACAUCUAUUGCGAAGGCGGCACCGGCGUCACGAUUGGGUCGAUCGGUCAAUACCCCGAGAUGCCCGACUACAACCUCAAUAUUACCUUUGAGAAUGUGACCAUCAAAGAUGCCAUGGAUGGUGCCUACAUCAAGACCUGGCAAGGCACCCGCAUCUUCACUCCCAGCAACGGCGACUGGGGUGGCGGUGGAACUGGUCUGGUCAAGAAUGUUACUUUCCGCGACUUUGUGAUGGACAAUGUGGGACUUCCGAUUCAGGUCGCUCAGUGCGUGUACUCAGCGGGUUCCAACAAGAGCUGCAAUACCUCGACGUUGCAGAUCGAAGACGUGAAAUGGGAAAACAUCCGUGGCACAUCCCGGUUCAACAUCGCCUCGUCUAUCUACUGUUCGGAUGAGGUCCCAUGCCCCAACAUGAGCUUUGAGAAUGUGAACAUCACUAGUCUGAAUGCCACCCGUGGCCAGGCGUACUACGAUACGGAUAUCCAGUACGAACUCUUCCAGUGCACAAACGUCGUGGAUCAUCUCGGAAACUAA